AUGCACCGCAUGGAACUCAUUCGCGGCUCAGCCCCAAGCUUCAUCCCAAGGUACAGGCGACCCUCAGAUCUUGAAGAGGGAAUUGAGCGGAAGGCGGAUGACCUUCUAAAGACGGGCAAGGUUCAACCGUCAACUAGCGCCUUUGGGCACGAUCCCGUGCUGCCAAAGAAAAAGGAAGGCAGGUGGCGCAUCUGCAUCGACUUCAAACCACUCGACAAAAUUACAGUGAAGCAGAAGUUUCCGAUUCCCAGGGUCGACGACAUCCUUGACCGUCUACGGGGUUCGACGGUAUACUCAGACUUUGACUUCGCCGAGGCCUUUUUGCAGAUCUCCAUUCAUCCGGUGGACAGGCACAAGGCGGCACACCACACCCGCACUGACGAGUUGGAGUACAGUUGUAUGCCCUUUAGCCUCGUGAACGUACCUGCUCAACGGCAGCGGCAGGUCAACCACGACUUCCUGGGGCCAAUGAAUGAGGGGUGGAGGGUGAUAUACAUGGAUGAUGUGCUUGUAUUCAGCCGAAAUGUGCAGGAGCACUUGCAGCAUCUCCGGCGGGCGCUGCAACUACUACGUAAGAAACAGUGGUUUGUGAAACCGCAAAAGUGUUCGUUUUUCAUGCAUACAAUCAGCUUCUUACGAUGUCAUGCCUCUGCAGCAGGGGUUGAACCAGACCCGGCUAAGAUUGGGGCGAUUCAGCGAUGGCCGCUACCUAUGUACAAGCGGACGGACGUGCAGAAGUCCCUCGGGCUCGCCUCAUACUACCGCAAUUUCAUUCAUGGAUUCGCUCGCAUUGUUGCCUCUCUUACUGAUCUUCUUAAGAAGCAGAAGUAG